GCCGGGACGCCAUUUUCUCAGUCUGCGAGGAGAGGCGGACACGGGACAUUCCACUCCGAGCAGCACCCGGUCACAGAGCACGGACACCCCGAUACCAGAAUGCUGACAGUCCGCGUAGCCGCCAACCUCGCCCGCACCCUGCCCCGGCAGGCCGGCCUGGUUUCUAAGAAAGCCCUUGGCGCUGCUUUUGUUGCAACUAGAAAUCUCCAUGCAUCAGGGGCAUGGAUGCAGAAGACUGGCACUGCUGAGGUAUCCUCCAUCCUUGAAGAACGCAUCCUUGGAGCAGACACCAGUGCUUCCUUGGAGGAGACUGGGAGAGUACUUUCUAUUGGGGAUGGUAUUGCUCGUGUCUAUGGCCUCAGGAAUGUCCAGGCUGAGGAGAUGGUGGAAUUUUCCUCAGGACUGAAGGGAAUGUCCUUGAACUUGGAGCCUGAUAAUGUUGGUGUUGUGGUGUUUGGAAACGACAAACUCAUCAAGGAAGGUGAUAUUGUGAAGAGAACUGGGGCUAUUGUAGAUGUGCCUGUAGGUGACGAACUUCUUGGUCGUGUUGUCGAUGCUCUGGGUAACGUCAUUGAUGGAAAGGGUCCACUUGGAAACAAAAUCCGUAGAAGAGUGGGUCUGAAGGCGCCAGGCAUCAUUCCACGCAUUUCGGUGAAGGAGCCUAUGCAGACUGGUAUCAAGGCUGUGGACAGUCUGGUGCCAAUUGGUCGUGGCCAGCGUGAGCUGAUUAUUGGUGACAGACAGACUGGUAAAACAUCCAUUGCCAUUGAUACAAUUAUCAACCAGAAGAGAUUUAAUGAUGGAACUGAUGAGAAAAAGAAACUGUACUGUAUCUAUGUUGCCAUUGGUCAGAAGAGGUCCACAGUGGCUCAGCUCGUCAAGAGGCUAACUGAUGCAGAUGCCAUGAAGUACACCAUUGUGGUAUCUGCCACCGCAUCUGAUGCUGCUCCCCUGCAAUAUUUGGCUCCAUACUCUGGGUGCUCUAUGGGAGAGUAUUUCAGAGACAAUGGGAAACAUGCUUUAAUCAUCUAUGACGAUUUAUCCAAGCAGGCUGUAGCCUAUCGGCAGAUGUCUCUGCUACUGCGUCGUCCUCCUGGUCGUGAGGCUUAUCCUGGAGAUGUCUUCUAUCUUCACUCCCGUCUUCUAGAAAGAGCAGCUAAAAUGAAUGAUCAGUUUGGUGGUGGAUCCCUGACUGCUCUUCCUGUAAUUGAAACCCAAGCUGGAGAUGUGUCUGCUUAUAUUCCAACCAAUGUCAUUUCCAUUACUGAUGGACAGAUUUUCUUGGAGACUGAGCUGUUCUACAAAGGUAUCCGACCCGCCAUCAAUGUUGGACUGUCUGUGUCCCGUGUAGGUUCUGCUGCUCAGACCAGAGCCAUGAAACAGGUGGCUGGUACCAUGAAACUGGAGUUGGCCCAAUACCGUGAAGUUGCUGCUUUUGCCCAAUUUGGUUCUGAUUUGGAUGCUGCCACCCAACAGCUUCUGAACCGUGGUGUGCGUCUGACUGAGCUGCUGAAACAAGGACAGUAUGUGCCCAUGGCCAUUGAGGAGCAGGUAACUGUUAUCUAUGCUGGAGUCAGAGGUCACCUGGACAAAAUGGAACCAAGUAAAAUCACCAAAUUCGAGAGUACUUUCCUUGCCCACAUUAAGAGUCAACACCAGGAUCUCCUUGCCACCAUCAGGACUGACGGAAAGAUCUCUGAACAGACAGAUGCCAAGCUGAAAGAACUUGUAAUAAACUUCCUCUCUACAUUUGAAGCAUAAACGUCAACCUUCACUAUUUUUCGAUUUCAUUGUUCAUACUUUUCCCAGGUUCCAUUCUAGAUAAACUUAUUAAAGCAUUUGUGCUUUUUCUGUACAAAGGUUUCUCUUAACAGAGAAUAAAAUGUCCCAUGAAAAAUC